GGGCCCAAAAGAAAAACGAUCUCCCCCUUUGGAGUUUCAGCUGUGACUGCUAGAGGAAGCUUUAGCUGUGACAAGGCAAGAACUCCACUACACUCACUCUCCCGAUUCAAGCUGUACCUAUUGAACCAAAUACCGAGCCAAACUCCACCUUUCAAGAGGAUGCUUCGAAACGACGACAUCCGCGUCGUCUCCUCUGCCAUCAAAAUCCCUCUUCCUUCCAAGCGCCCAACCUGUCCUCUGCGAACGGCGCACUCGCACAUCGCCAACGCCACAAACUCGUUUGCUCAACUCGUUAAUUCGUUCGCGUUUCACUCUACCGAGUUUACUCGCUCCGUCCUCCAAAAAUCGUCGCUCUUCUGCUCCGCGACUCUGUCCUUGACCGGCGACAGGAAGAGAGCAUGUCCGCUUCGGCGUCUGGCUUCGCUGUCUCUGGCGGAGGAGGCGCAGCAGAAGGCUCGACAGAACGAGGAGAGAGUGCUGAUCAGUGAAGUGCUGGUUCGAAACAAAGAUGGGGAGGAAAUGGAGAGGAAGGACCUCGAGGCGGAGGCGGUGCAGGCUCUGAAGGCUUGUCGACCUAACUCGGCUCUCACAGUGCGCGAGGUACAAGAGGAUGUGCAUCGCAUCAUCAACAGUGGAUAUUUUUCGUCGUGCAUGCCGGUUGCUGUUGACACGCGAGAUGGUAUCCGAUUAGUAUUUCAGGUAGAACCAAAUCAAGAAUUCCAAGGGCUGGUAUGUGAAGGAGCUAAUGUUCUUCCGGCUAAAUUUCUAGAGGACUCAAUGCGAGAUGGAUAUGGGAAGAUUAUUAAUUUGAGACGACUGGAUGAAGCAAUAUCUUCCAUUAAUAACUGGUACAUGGAGCGUGGUCUUUUUGCCAUGGUUUCGGCUGUGGAGAUUCUGUCUGGAGGUAUUCUUAGAUUACAAGUUUCAGAGGCUGAGGUCAAUAAUAUUUCCAUACGGUUUCUUGACAGGAAGACAGGUGAGAUUACUGUGGGAAAGACUAAGCCAGAAACAAUACUUAGGCAAAUAACAACAAAGAAGGGUCAGGUCUACAGCAUGCUUGAGGGAAAAAGAGAUGUAGAAACUGUAUUAACUAUGGGAAUCAUGGAAGAUGUUAGCAUUAUUCCCCAACCAGCAGAUACAGGGAAGGUUGAUUUGGUGAUGAAUGUGGUGGAACGUCCAAGUGGAGGAUUUUCUGCUGGUGGUGGGAUAUCGAGUGGGAUUACAAAUGGUCCACUAAGAGGGCUUAUUGGAAGCUUUGCUUAUUCUCAUCGGAAUGUUUUUGGUAAAAACCAGAAGCUUAAUAUUUCUUUAGAGAGGGGCCAGGUUGACUCGGUCUAUCGUAUAAACUACACCGACCCUUGGAUUCAAGGAGAUGAUAAAAGAACAUCUAGAACAAUAAUGAUUCAGAAUUCAAGAACUCCUGGAACCAUUGUUCAUGGUAAUGCUGAUGGUAACGGUAGCCUGACCAUUGGCCGCAUCACAGGUGGUAUUGAGUUUAGUCGCCCAAUCAGGCCAAAGUGGAGUGGAACAGUAGGACUUGUUUUUCAGCAUGCUGGAGUCCGUGAUGAGAAAGGUAUUCCUAUCAUUAAGGAUUGCUUCAGCAGUCCUCUUACUGCAAGUGGCAAUACUCAUGAUCAGACCUUGCUUGCUAAACUUGAGACUGUUUACACUGGUUCUGGUGACCAUGGCUCUUCUGUGUUUGUCCUUAACAUGGAAAAGGGACUUCCUCUUUUGCCUGAAUGGCUGUCCUUCACUAGGGUGAAUGCACGUGCUAGGAAAGGUGUUGAGAUUGGUCCUGCACGCCUUCAUUUAAGUAUAUCUGGUGGUCAUGUGGUGGGAAAUUUCCCUCCCUAUGAAGCUUUUGCCAUUGGUGGAACAAACAGUGUGAGGGGCUAUGAAGAAGGUAGCGUGGGCUCUGGUCGAUCAUAUGUUGUUGGCUCUGGAGAAAUUUCUUUCCCCGUGUACGGGCCAGUGGAAGGUGUUAUAUUUUCUGACUAUGGAACUGACCUUGGUUCAGGCCCAACUGUACCCGGUGACCCUGCUGGAGCAAGGAAGAAACCUGGCAGCGGAUACGGCUAUGGGUUUGGCAUCCGUGUGGAAUCGCCUUUGGGUCCUUUGCGCCUUGAAUAUGCCUUUAACGAUAAGAAAGACAGGAGGUUUCACUUUGGAGUUGGGCACAGAAAUUAAAGAUCGGGAUACAAUUAUUACCAGCUGCUUCUUGGUCGUUGUAUAUAAUCCCUCCCCUCCAUCCUUUUGUAGGGAUGCGUAUACCAGUUAGAAGGGAAUGACUCUCUCCUGUGGAUUUUUCACAUGAUAGGGACAGAAGGAAACUAAGGAAACUACGACCCACUGAUUUUAAUACAGCUCCUACGAGUAUGUUCCAUGUUUUUUGCGUUGUCUAUAUCUUCACUUUUCUGUCAUUCGAAAAUCUUACUCAAUAUUAUAUACUUGUUUUGUGGUAAAA